GUUGGUUUUGAAUAUUUCGAUUCUUUGUCCGUCGUGCAGCUGGCCUUUCAUUAUUUACCGCCAUGCUGCACCCGUCACUAACUACGUACGGGAUGUUGUUUGGUUAUGCCGCUAUACUACUAUUUCGUAUCCAUCCCUCUCAUUCUUCUCCCGCAUGUUGCAAAAUUUCCUCCAUUGGAUAUCCAGACCGUGAUGAAAACAUUCCUCCAAAAAAAGGCAAAAGGAAAAUAGAAAAAAAAAAAGGGAACACAAUGAAAAUGAUUAGGGACGGGAGCUCCAUGUUGUACACUGCGUGUGAAUCAGGGGGUGGACGUUAGGAAAUGUUCUCGCACAAGGCGCUUGCUGUGGCGCCAAUGCAAAGGAACCGAUGAACGCAUUCGCGUGAACCAUUCAAGGUGG